CGUUUUUCGGCCCAUUUGAACGUGAAAUGACCAUCCCAUCCCUUGUCUCACAUGUAUUCUUCUUCCUCUUCAAGUCUUUCCCCCUUGCAUCGCAUUUUGCUUAUCUUUGCCGCUGCUCUUCUCCGUCGCCCGCUGCCCGGGGCCAAGCGUCGCUUCCAGUUCCGUCGACCCUCCGCCGCCGGUUUCGGCCCCCAAUCUCAUCAGUUUUAUAUGAAAAUUUAGGAGGGAAUUACAUUUUUAGAUCCCAUGGAAGGGUUUGAACUUUGAAGUCUCACUAGUGUUUUUGUCAGGAGUAGCUGUCAUCAUGGCCGAACCGUUUACCAUUCAGAUCAGCAAGGAUUUAAUUAAAAAACUCUCUGAUGAAGAUAAUAAAUUGAAGAGAAGAUCAAAGAAGCCAAAACCAAAGAUACCAAAAGAGACUCACACUUCCCAGGCAAACACACAACAGAAGCCCGUCGCUGAAGGAUGGCCACUUCCUGCGUCACCAUUGUUUGUGCCACUCCCCCCACAGAAAGCUGCAGUUGCAGAGCUAGACUCUAUCAGGUCUGCACUUCAAGAGGGUGAAAAGGUUUUGGAGAGGUUGCAGAAGAAGGAGGGGAACAUGUUAGAGGAAGUAACCCUGAGAGCAAAGGAUCUCCAUGAGAAGGAGUUCAAACUUCCCGAACACAAACCAAUCCAGUGCUUGGAGGAAAUAGAUGCUUGCACAAAAUGCUACAAGGAAAAUGAGAAGAAUCCUCUUAAAUGCGCCAUUGUAGUUCAAAAGUUUGAAGACUGUGCCCGAAGAGCUAGGCAGCUGAUGAAUUCAGCAGGUAAGGGAUCAAAGUAGGUCUUUACCUAAACAAAAUCUUUAGUUCAUAUAUACUUGGUACAAAUAAUUGGAUUUUCAGACCCAUAGUUGGGUAGAAAUUGAUGGUCUUAUUGUUCCUCAUCAUGCUGAUGUGAGAUAAUGCCUUCCUAAAAAUCUUCCCAAUUAUGAAUGUUGUUUUUGCAUGGAAAAGUUAAUCCAACCUGAACCCCAUGUUAGGCAUUUUAUGAAUCUUAAAAAAAAAACAGAAUGAUUGCAUGUAGUGGUAUGUGAUCUUUUAAAUACCCUUUUGAUGUAAGACUCUUUGGGAUACACAUAUUAAUC